GUCAGCCGCCGCCACCGACCGCGAGCAAUCGAUGGCUAUCGCCGCCGCUCGCCGGCGCCUGUGGCGCGGGAUGGGGACUGCGGCCGCCGCAGCGGUGUGUGGGGCGGACGGAACUCUACUGGCUCGGUUGGUUUUGGAGCCGGAGAGCCGCGUGAAGGCGACCGUGGAGGAGGCUGCUUCCUCGGCGCAGCACCGUGACGGCGGCUUCUGGGAGCCCCUCGCCGCCGCGCUCCUUCGCGCGUCCUCUCCGACCAAGGCGCACCUCGUAUUGGAAUGGAAGCUAGAGAAGCUACUGAAGGAAGAGAUUCAUGAUUGCGAGCCCUACUCAACGAUAAUCCGAUUCUGUGCUCAGACAAGGAAUGCAGCACUUGCAAUGAGAGUCUUUGAAUGCGUGGAGGCGCAGGGAGUUCAUCUGAACACUAGCAUUUUCAAUGCUCUUGUUAACACUUUCUUGUCGGUCGGAGAUCUCCUCUCCGCAAUGACUUUAUAUGAGGCUAUGGAAGGCAUUGAUGGUUGCAAGCCUGAUUCCAAUACGUACGAUGCAUUCAUAUCAACAUUUUCGCUGCUUGGAAGUGGUCAUGCGAUGAUGAGCUGGUACAUAGCUGCAAAGAAUGCUGGGUUUACUCCAAGUAUUCAAGCUUUUGAAUCUUUGAUCACAGGGUUUGUUUGGUUGAACAUGCUAGAUGAUGCCAAAACGGUGUUUGAGGAAAUGACUUCCUUGGGGAUUAAGCCAAACUCUACUAUUUUGGAGGCCAAUCUUGAGAUAGUUUCUAGAAAAGAGCAGGCCAACACAGUAAGAGACUUUUUAAAACGUGUGAGUGAUGGCAACUAGGAGUUGAACGAAGCUACAGUUGGGAGGUUAACAAGAAUAUGCCUAGAUGGAGAUGAAAUGGAGCAGCUGCUUGCCCUAAUACAAAAGGGAACACACUUCAGUUCUGAAACACAACUGCACCAUGGAAUUAUCAGGUUGUAUGCCAAGGCGGAUCGAUUAGCAGAUAUGGAGGAUGCGAUUUCCCGGAUGUUGGACAAUGGUGUGAUGUUUAUGUGCCCAGAGGAUGUUGAGGUCAUAAUCUGUUCUUAUUUUCGCCAAAAGGAAUUUGAUAGGUUGGAUUUGUUCUUAAAUCGCAUUCGAAGUUUCUUCAAGAUGAAGAGGUCUACAUAUGAUAUAUUGGUUGCUGGAUAUCGGAAAUUUGAUUUACAUGAAAAACUUGAUUCGACCACAAAUGAUAUGAGGCAAGCUGGGUUUGCAUGAGCUCAUGGAUAACUAUGUGUGCUCUAUGACGUUCUACAACAAUAAUUCCAGAAGCCUGAAGUGCAUUGAACCAGGAAAAUGAAAUCAUGGGUUAAAUGUUUUUUUCAAUGCAGUCCAACUCAAAGUUCUUUGGCCAGUUCUGUGUUUGACAUGAGAAAGAUAUCAGAUUCAGAUAAAUUAUGAUGUCAGACUAUUGAUGUUGCAUGUGCACAGCUGGACAUAUGAGAAGCAUAAAAUUUUUCAGAAUGUUAUGCUUAUUAUUGCACAAAUAUCAAAGUUCUUUGGCCAAGAUUCCGCUGAUAUUAGAGGCUGCUGAGGUUGCAGAAGGUGUUAUUUAUAAAGCUCAAUGGGAUAGUUGAGAUAAUAGCUGUAGCCACCUGACUUGUCAUUAGGUAUGUAUGUGAUAUCUAGCCUCCCAAGGUGUUAGCACAUUUCUUUUUUAUUUUGUUACCCAAAGACACAAAGGUCACGGUUCAGGCACCAUGACCUUUGCUUCUUUGGGUUUCAUCUCUAUCCUACCCCAACUUGCUUGGGACAAAAGGUUAUGUUGUUGUUGUUGCUGUUGUUGUUGUUGGUUUGUAUGAAUCCUCUUCUCCUUCUACAAUGAAAUGGUACCCAGUUCUAUAUAAUGAAUGUUCUUUUGUCAUA